AUGUAUCCCACUCUCCGCUGCUCCUCUGCCAGGGCCCACACACCCCUCAUCAAGUUCCUCGGAAAGCGCACAUAUCCCAGCACGCCCGAUGCUCCCCAUCCGCAUCCAGCCGCCCCUGCAGAGCUCAGGCAGCGCAUCGCAGACUUUAUAGCAAAACACAACUCCCCACAACCCACGGCACCCAGCACAAACAUCUACAACGACUUUUGGGAGGCCCCUUCUCGCUUCUGGAAACCCAGAAUCCGCCAGAUAGAAGAGGAUGAAAUGAAUGCCAUCAUGUCCCUCACCUUGCCAUCUCAGAGCGGAGGAGCAUCUUCACACUAA